UUUCUUUUACUACUUUUCUCUCUCUUGAAAAACUUUUUUCUUUGUCCUCUUUUAACGUAAAUCAUGCUGCAAGAGUUUAGUCGAAUAAAUAUUCUUGCAAACGCAUUUCUGUGAAAAUGACGCGAAAGAGAAAAAUUUGCAAGAGACGAAUUAUAAAGAGAGAGUACUCGCAAUAACGAUUAUUAUCUUUUAUCUCAAAUCCUGUCUUAAUUAUCACGAGUGUAUGAAGAUCUCGUGAGAUGUGAAAUGCGCAAUCCUUGCUAAAAAAUCGCAUCCGUAAGAGUUUUGAAUUAGUGACCGCCGUCGCCGUUUAUCGAUCGAUCCACACUCUUUUAUGCGGUCAGUAACUGAAUAUAUACUCCCACACCUGGUACUGGUACACCUGUACUCGUUCCUAGCAACGAGCUGUUGGUGGGCGACUCUUUCUACGCGACGGAUAACGAGUUAUUGCAAUACUUAAUUAUACCAAUUAUAUUGACGAGUAUUACACACAGUGAGGACAGAGAAUUAUUUUCUAUAGUGUCUAUGACUGUACAAGGCAGUAGUGAGUACGUCAUCUUCGUGAAUGCAAUCGAUCGAUUCGCACAAGUGAAAUACAUGCCCGCAAUAUCUUUUUUCGAACGACCUUGUUCCUUUUAGCGCGACAAGAGUCACUAGAAAGAGAUUGUAAGAAUGGCUAAAUCCGCCGAGUCUACGAGGGGUAGAAAAUUGAGGAGAUCGCGCAAUGUAUCAUCCUUCUUGGAGGAGUCGACGGAGAGCGCGACCUCGCCGCCGAAGGCGACGAUGAGCGUCGUUGUAGAUGUUCAUAGUGAAAAUUCGUCGAACCGCCAACAACGGAAUGACGAGAAUGGUCUCGCGAUCGAACUCUCGGACGAUAAAGAGACUAAACAUUCCUCUCAGAGCUCGAAAGUUUCCUCGCGAGCGAGCGAAGCGUCUUGGAAUCGAUCCGCUGAUCGCGGAGCGAGGAGGAGGAGAUCCUCGAACGAUCGUUCUCAUCGGUCGCAUGAUGAGGUAAUGACGAUAGUGUCAUUGGAUCUGAUAGAGGAAUCCGGGAACAGAAACGACUCCCAUGAGGAGAAACCACGUCGUAGGAAGCAAUGGAACGCCGCGACGAACGAGACAGAGAUGAUGGAUUCGAAAAGGCCACCGCGGAAACGUUGGUCGAAAGAUACCGGGAUCAUUCGGUUGCCCGAGACGAGCGAUGACGCUUCUCCGUUGAUCGACGACUCGCAACAUCGUAAAGUUCCAGUUCCGGCGCCGCGAACCAAUAACGUAGCUCUCGUUUUCGACAAUCCAGCGUUCGUGUCCGAGGACGAGGUACUCCGCAUCGAGACCGAUCACAAUCGCGAGAGCACCAGGAUCGAGAUGGGGAGAAUGGGAAGUGAUCGCUCGAAUAUCGAUGAGGCUGGCUCAACGUCCGGUAGCUCGUCGAGAAAGCAACGACAAAGCGAACGACAUAUCGCGAUGAAUAGCGACAGUCGGUCUUCCAGGACAACCAGAUUUGAACAAUCUUUGAACGAUCGAAAGAACAGCGUCGGAGAACUGGAUUUGUCGACGAGUUUAGGGAGAGUCACCGAUGAGGUUCGAUCGAGCUCAAUGGAAGAUCGAACAUUGACAAGCGGUGACGGAAGACUUCAAUCGGAAACGACGACGCGAGAUCGAUCGUCGAGAGGAGGAGAGCGAUCGUUGUUUGAAAAGAAGAAUAUUUCCGUCGAUGAUAAGGUCAUCAGCUUGUCAGCCGCGAAGGACACGAUCGAUCCGAUGGUCAAAAAAAAGAGGAGAAAGAAACGGAAACAGGAGAAGGAAGAAACGAGGGAAGACGAGAGUAGAUACAUUUCUGUAACAAUUCAUCGGGCGAACAUGCUCGAAGACGACUACGCGAACGUAAAACGGCCGAUGGUGAUGGUCCACAUCGUGGAGACACGCACCGGCUCGUACCUGAAGAACGGCAACGCCUAUCUUCGGCCGUUAAUCACCGGCAAAUUCGAUUUCAGGGAGAAUAGGUCAAUGAUACCGGUUUGGGAAGAGGAACUCGUCUUCGAGCACGACUUUGACGCGAUCUUGAAACGCGAGGAUAGCGAUCGGACGGUGAUCCUUUUCGAAGUGAUAGACCUCUUAAGCUUCGCCGAAGCGAGUCUCGUCUACGAUAGAAUCGGUAGCGAGGGAUGUUGGAAUAAAAUCGCAUGGGCGUUCCUUAAACCUGUUGGAUUCAAUAACAUGCUUCACACGGAUAAAAAAGUACGAUUGCAGCUUUACAGACCUAGACGAAGCUCCAAGCGAUACGGGAAACACACAUGCGAGGUUUAUACAUGGUGGCAGUCGAACAAGAGGGACAAGUAUCCGAGCAGUCUCCUGGUAACAGUGACUUCAGUCCCAUCAUCGAAACACGAAUCUGUGCUUUAUCAGCAAUUACCGCUAAAUGAUCUUCUCGACGACGCACAUAACGAUUCACGGAGAGGACUCUCGAUGGAGCGUCGCACGUCGGAGUCGACGAUUGGUCUCCCAAAAUGGGCCCGACUGGCCGCUCAGUCCUGCAAGAUCCCAAACAAGAAAAUGUUCGAGACGGAGGCAAGCGAGAACGGCUGUUUCUACGUCACCUUUAGCAACGACGGCAAGUAUCUGGCCUGCGUCCAUUCCGAGGAGUACAAUUAUCCAAUUAUCGUUUAUGAGAUCGAAACCGGCAAAAUUCACGUUCGAUUUCUCGGCCACAAAACUUUUGUGUACUCUCUAAAUUGGUCCAGCGACGAUUAUCACCUGCUGUCGGCGUCUGCGGAUCAAACGGCGCGUAUCUGGGAUAUUCGCAAUCAGAUUGUGCAGCACAUCGAGAUGCUGCCGCAUCCUUCGUAUGUUUAUUGCGCCAGGUACGCUCCCGGCAAAAUGACGAUUGUAGCAACAGGAUGUUACGAUGGAGUAGUUCGCAUCUGGGCAAACGAGAACGGAAUAUCAACGAAGCGAGAGUUGAACCAGGAGUUGGAGGGCCACGAGGGUUUCGUCAGCUCCAUGAUCUUUCAAAAAAAUGGUAACUUGAUCACGGCCGACAGCGUAGGAUCGAUAAUCCUUUGGACGGUUCGCCGAAAUGGUAGGAUGUCAUCGAGAUGGGAAUGGUGUGUCGCGAGGAGGAUAAAGAUUCGCGAGAUUGAGGGGGUUGUCAUCAAUACGAUCGUUCUGCAUCCCCUUGAGUCUAGACUUCUCGUGCACUCGAGGGACAAUGGCCUGCGAAUGAUGGAUCUCGCGACCGGCGUGAUCUUGCAGAAAUACAAACAGCUGAACAAUCAAAGGAUACAAUUGAGAGCCUGCAUAUCUCCCUGCGGAGGUUUGAUCUUGUGUGGCGGAGAGGAUUCCGUACUAAAUAUCUGGAACUUGGAGACGGGUAAGCAUGUGGCCAAAUAUGCGGACGGGCGUAGUUCGUCCAGAGCGGUCAUUACUUGCGUAGAUUAUCAUCCCUACGACCAUGUAUUGGCAUUCUCAAUAUUCGGCAAUCCGACGUCAGUCCGCGUCUUGAGGUUCAAUAAGAACGCGAACGGUAGCGAUGUUGGAUUAAAUCUUUUUACGGAGGAACCGGAGGAUAUGUCGCGAGUUUGUGAUAAUGAAGUGAUCAUGAACGUCUUGGAGUAUCCUUUGUCCCAGCAGGGCAAAUCCAGUGGCGGUACGACAGUGAGGAAAGAGAUCUUCUCGUCUUCUUGUCGUCCCGCUAAUGAUCACACAAUGAUCCAGAUCGAGAACGACGAUUGCGAGCGAUCGUGGAUGACGCUCCGCCGCUUGAAAGAAAUGGAACGAUGUUGGAGGGAGAAGAGCCGGAAUCGCUUACAUUGUAUUAUCGAAAAGAUCGACUCGAUGCUGUCCAAGAGUUCAAUGUUCUUUGAGGAUGAAGGCGAACGGAUUUCCAGCCGGAUAAAUGAGCGUCGCCGUUCCUGGAUCCGAUCAAAUACUAGUACGUCCAGCGACAUCGUUCCUAAAGGAGACAUACUCCUUGAAGACUGCGCUGCAAAUUCCAUUAGGUAUCACCAGAGUGAUCCUAACGAGAACAAUAAGAACGCACGGUCCGACUCGGCGAGUCGCCAAAUUUGCUCUGAUUCCCGCAAAACGAUUUCAGCUUCUCUCGAAAAAACGAAUACGCUCGAGCUAAGUUCUCCGGACAGCGCCGGAACUUACGUCGUAGAAAUGCCGAAUUUGAAUGAAAAUGUCAAUAAGGUAUCAUUCAUAGCCGAGAAGAUGAAUUCUAUUCAACUGAGCGACAGCUCGCUGGCCAGCAAUGUUACAUUUAUUAUAGAGAACGAGCGAACAUGAGUAAUUUUUCUAUCGAGUUUUUUGUAUUAGCCUUUUUUUAACAUAAAAUGAUAACGCUAUCUCUGUCGUGUGGUGUGCACAACAAUAUUUUAAUUAUAUAAAUAAUAUAAAGGUAUAAAAUGUACACGAUGGCGAAAAUCAUCGUAUAUGAAUUUUAUUUGUUGUAACUCUAUCUCUCGCUUUCUUCAAUUUUAGAUCAAUAAAAAAAUAAACAUAUAUAUCUGUUACAAAUAAACCUCGCAAGAAUUUCUAACAAUAUACUUAUAGUAUGGCAAUAAAGUAAAUUAUUCCAAUUCAGGAUUACGUGGUGGAAGAGACUAAUCAUAUGAUG